AGUUCCUCUGCGCUCGCCGUAAACCGGAAGUCAUCAGUAACGCGCAUUAAAAACAGCCUGUUUACUGUUUAAUAAUCGAAAUAUUAUCUAAAUGCUCAGGUGAAGUAAGAUUAUAAACAUAUUGUUGUCUUUAAACGUUUAUUCUUCGAAUCUGUAAUUAUAAAAUCCGUGCAAAAAAGCGCAAUUUAACGAGUUAGGGUUGGUUGAAAGUCAAGAGUUGUUUACAUGGAGACGUGGGUGAGAUUCAGCGCUCAGAGUCAAGCGAAAGAUCGAGUGUUCAGGGCUGCACAGUAUGCCUGCACACUGUUAGGAUACACACUGCAGAAAGGAGGAGCUGCAGCUCACCUAUUAACAGCCAUCAAGCAACUGGAAGCUCAUCUGAGCCUCAGCAGAAAGCUGAUGCGGUUAGGAAACUCAGCCGAGUCUUUGGAAGCAGCCAAGCGAGCCAUUCAUCUCUCUGACUGCGUGCUGCGGCUCUGCAUCACCGUUUCCCACUUAAACAAAGCCAUGUACUUCGCCUGCGACAACCUGCUGUGGGCCGGAAAGACAGGGCUGUUGCCUCGACUCGAUCAGAUCAAGUGGAGUCAGAGGUCAUUCAGGUAUUACUUGUUUGCGCUCAUCUUAAACCUGACACGUGACCUGUAUGAGAUCUACGGUUUGAUGGAGCGCGAGCGGCGCAGCACUUCAUCCAAAGCUCAUCUCUCGGGCACCUUAGAGAACGGUGAAUUCCCCUCUGCCCCGUGCUCCUGCACGUCCGUAUUUAAGGCCAGGCUUCAGCAGCAGCUGUGUCUGUUGGCCGCCGUCCUCCGCAGCAACCCUCCGCUCCUGCUGGACACGCUCAAGAACCUGUGUGAUGUCUUCAUCCCGCUGGACAAACUGGGCCUCUAUCAAACCGGCCCGGGGUUCGUAGGGGCGUGCGGUCUCACUUCGUCCGUUCUGUCCAUCCUCACCCUGCUCUAUCCCUGGCUCAAACUCAAACCCUAAACCAGCUUGUAGCGUCACGUUGUAAUCCACCGUCAAGUAUAAACUGAGCAGCUCUUGGAAACCAACAGACUGGCCAAUCACCUCACAGUGUGCUGAUGAGUAACACCUAACUGUGAGGAGAGAUGGAGAACAAAAUGAGGAGGUGUGUGUGUGUGUGUGUGUGUGUUUGUGCUAUACUCUGACUUAAGCAUGUACUGAAACUGAUAGAAUUACAAGAAUUACAAGGAUAACACUUGUAAAAAGCGUUCACGUCUUUACACGCCACAUAAAUCCCAAACGACAGUGUGUGGAAAAACACAAGCAUUUAUUGUCAUUAAAUACCACACCACUGAGUUCUCAAUCCUGAUUGGUCAGAAGGCUGUGGUUAAUUUUCUCUAACAGUUCUGAUGCGUUAAUGUUGUUAUAGUAACAGCGUACACAGGGACUUUUCAAGGUAAACCGAUCCGAUGUAAAUCUAAGUUUUCCGCCACAGGAAUGUUUUUAGGUAAAGUGUGUGUGUGUGUGUGUGGAUAGUAAGAGGAACUCUGCUGAAUCGUUGAUUUAAUACUACAUGGACCACUUAGUAAAUAGAGCUUUUUAAAUGUUAUAGUUUUGAUCAGAAAGAUCCGUACACAUGGUGGAUUUUUGUUCACUUCUGAGGCGACUGUUAGUGUGAAAGUAAAUGAUAUCAAAUAAAACAGAUCAUAAUUACUGUAAACAAGGAUAAAAGGAUGUGGUAGGGAUGUGGUAGCCUAGUGGGUAAGGUGUUGGGCUACCAAUCGGAAGAUUGUGAGUUCGAUUCCUAUGUCCACUAAGCUGCCACUGCUGGGCCCCUGAGCAAGGCCCUUAAUCCCUGAGCAAGGCCCUUAAUCCCUGAGCAAGGCCCUUAAAUCAGAUAAAAUGUAAGUCGCUCUGCUAAAUGCUGUAAAUGUAGACUGGAAUAUGAAUAGAAUAUGAGUAAAUGUCUACUAUUUAUAUUUCAUGUCUGUGUUUCUCCUUUUUUCUGCUCUUAUUCCCUAACAUCUGAGACAGGGAUGUCUCACCGAGACUGUCCUUUAACCCUGUUUGUGGACCUUUACUGUGUGCGACAGGUUACUGAUUCAUUUAUCUGAACCGACUCCUGAAUCGUUUAAUUCAAUCGGGAAGGAGUGCGGCGUUCGGAUAAAUUGUUCUGAAUAAAGCUUUUAUUUUGUAUAAAGUCUGACGUUGAUGCAGCAGAUCUAACCUUGUGUAAUGAAAUGUUUUGAGUUUCAGCUAAUCUUUAGCUACUGGUGAAAUGAUUGGCUUAUGUUCAUAGUGUUUUUAAUCUGGAGUGAAUAACAAAAUAAAGACAUUAGUAAAGCUACUAGA